UAAAACCAUAUCGUUAAACACUCCAAAACUACAUUCAAAGCUUUCAACUUUUCAGUUCUCACUCUCAUCUCAUCACCCACUCUUAUCAUCAAUCACCCAAGUUUUUUAUCUAUUCUUAACCAUGGCCGAAGAGAACAAGAGCCACGAUUACGAGGGUUCAUCGGUGGAGACCAAAGAUCGGGGACUCUUUGAUUUUUUGAAGAAAGAUGAUCAUCACGAGGAGAAGAAGCCUGAUCAUCAUCAUCAUCAUCAUCGCGAUGAAGCUCUAAGCUCAGAGUUUAGUGAGAAGGUUAAAGUGUCUGAACACGAACCGGUUAAGUAUUCUGAGCACGAACCAGUUAACUAUUUCAACGCCGAGGAAACUGUUAAUGAAGAAGAGAAGAUGAAGCCAAAUCCAGAAAAGCUCCACCGUUCUCACAGUAGCUCUAGCUCUUCUAGCGAUGAGGAAGAAUGUGAAGGAGAAGAGAAGAAGGAAAAGAAGGGACUUAAGGAGACACUCAAGGAAAAAUUCUCAGGAGAAGAUAAGAAAGAGGAAGAGCAGCACCAUCAUGUGGACACAUCUGUGCCGAUUGAGCACGAAGCUCAUGGCUACACAACAACAGAGACUGUGGUGAGCCCUGGAAACCCAGAAGAAAAGAAGGGUUUUCUUGAGAAGAUCAAGGACAAGCUACCUGGUCAGCACAAGAAGGAAGAUGUUGUGGUUGUGGCGACUUCACCGGCACCACCUCCGGGUGUGGUUCACCAUGAUCAGCCAUACUCAUCGGAUGAGACCACCACUACUGCUACUCAUCAUGAAGGUGAGGCUAAGGAGAAGAAGGGUAUUUUGGAGAAGAUCAAGGAAAAGCUUCCUGGGUACCAUCCCAAGACUGAGACUGAAGAAAAGGAAAAGGAGAAAGAGAAAGAGAAAGAGAAAGAGAAGGAAAGUGUUUGUUAAUUGAUUAAAAAUCCUAUCUUCAUGAUGGGUCUAUUUUGCUUUUUUUUUUUUUUCUUUUUCAUUUUCAUUUCUGUUUCAAGAAAAAAAAAAGGGUAUUAUAAGUGCUUUAUUGUGUACUUAUAUAUGUGUAUGCAUGUUUAAAUUCAUGGUGUAUUGAAAAUGUUCGACUAGACAAGUACCAUUAACUGUACACCCAAUAAUUUCUUUUAGGUUGAGAACAUUAAUUUAUAUCCAGAAUUAGUAUCAUAUAUAUAACUUAGUUUUUUGUC